AUGCCGUCAAGUGUCCCUAAAUCUUCCAGCCCCAAAGCCAAGGCACCUGUGAGGGGAGAAGGUGCUGAGAAGGGUGAUAGCCCAGACCACUGCCCCAAUGCAGUUCCCUGCAGCUCAGGCCCUCUGAGGAAAGGUGGUGAAGGUGCCUGGAGGGCCCUGCUGUGGGUGUUUGAGGGCAGUCCUCAGAGGGCACUGCUGGAGGAGUUUCAGGGAGAUGCAGAGCACUGGAUGCCACGACUGGGUGGAGCGUUUUCUGAAGUGGUCUUAGUCGAAGAGAAGGCAACUGGUAAACUCUUUGCAGUGAAGUGCAUUCCUAAGAAGAAGCAUCAUUCUGAGAAUAAGGGCCUAAACAAAGUAAUGGACACUCAAGCCCAAGUGGAUGAACUGAAAGGAAUCAUGGUCAGAAACAUAGAUCUGGUAGCUCAGCGAGGAGAAAGAUUGGAAUUACUGAUAGAUAAAACAGAAAAUCUCAUGGAUUCAUCUGGCACCUUCAAAACAACCAGCAGAAAUCUUGCCCGAGCCAUGUGUAUGAAGAAUCUCAAGCUCACUAUCGUUGUCAUCAUUGUAUCAGUUGUGUUCAUCUAUAUCAUUGUGUCACCUCUGUGUGGUGGAUUUACGUGGCCAAGCUGUGUGAAGAAAUAAAAAUUUGAGAAAGUUCUCCUUAACCAAGGAUAUGAGAGAAUGAGGAGUUAAAAGCAAUCCUUGUGAUUCAAGCCUUUUGAUACUGACAGAUGGUAUCUGCCAGUCUCUUCAACCCUCUUCUUUUUAUUUUUUUAAAUCUUGUUCUAUGCCUCCAGAUUUAUCUUUGCCCUGUUAACCAAUUUACUCCAGUGCACUUCAGAUUGAACCAUCUAUUGUGGCGAUAUUCUUAAAAAGGCUUUUUGUUUGUUUCUUGAGUUUGUUAACUAGUGUCAUCUGCUUAGAGAAACAUUUUUGUUUGUCAUUGCACAAAGCUAGCACCAAGAUAGAAACCACCAGUCUUAAGAGCUAAAUUGUGGAUGAACUUUGUAUGUGCACACAGAAGUAUUCAGGAGAGAUAAAACUGUUAACAUCUCAUCUUAAUGUCUUUUGUUAUUGAAGAGUUUUAGGUGCUUGAAAACAAUAUAAAUGGAGAAUCGUUAUUUGGGGAAUUGUAAUUGAGUUGCUGGUGCUGCUUAUUUCUAAGAGCCCAAACAGGUAAGUAUUCAACAUUUUAUCUCAGUCAGAUGGGGAACAUUUCACUAGUCCCUUAGAAGCACACAGAAUUAUCCUUGUUCUAAUAUUCACUUUCAGGAAGAAAGUUUUGACCAUGUACAACCUGUGGAACUUGAUUUCCUCUGUUUCCCCAUUGCAGUUGAGUUGAGGAGAUGAUGGUUUAAAUAUUGUUGAAGGUUGUGUUUUUUUAUAAAUUUCUUUUUCUUUGGUGGGUAUUAAGGUAUUGGAGGAGGUGGAGAGGCAAAUUCCUCUGGCUCACCAAAGGAAAAGAAGAGAAACACAGGAUGUGCUAACAUUUUAGAUGUAUGAAGGGAGGUAGUGAGGGAAAUUUUUUUCAGUCUGGGCAAGGUCCAAACUGAACACAGUUAGCAGUCAACUGCAAGGUUUGUAUUUGACUGCUGUUGAAUACUAGUUUGAGCAUCCUUUUGUGGUUGAAUAAGUUCUCUAAUCUGCCUAAUCUGAAGACUUCUUUUGUGAAACUUGAGAGUAGACAGUAUGAUGUAUAGAAGAAAUGUAAGACAGUUUAACAUCUGUUUAACUGCAGUGUGAGAAAACUGGAGUAUAAUCAUGCUGUGUCAGCAACUGUAGCAUCUGUUAGCUAGUAUGUAUUUUUGGUGUGUAUCUGAAUGGAGAACAUUUGCUACCCUAGAUGUAAUUGCAUUUAUUUAUGAAUAAAUGCCAGUAAAUGGAAAUUAUAUUACAUUUGACUAUUUUCCCAAUGAAAUAAUAACUUAGUCUAUAAAACCUACCCACCUGUUUAGCCUAGUCAUGUGCCUUGAAUACAUAAUCUGGCUCAUGUUACCUGCUCUUCCAUCCAAACCUUUCAAUUCAUACCUUCUGAUUGAUUUAUUUGACAUAUAUUUUAGGCCCUGUGGAACUUUUCCUGAUGAUCAUGCAUAGUGAAAUUAUUUUUCAGUCUUUUUUUAUCAACACUAAUGCUUUUUAAUUACAUUACCAUUUCCUAUUGGAAAACACGUUUGUUCCAGGAAAACAUUUGGCAUUCCUGAAUAAGAAUUCCCAAAUGUCUUUAAUCCAAAGAAAAAAUCUUCAAGUUUAUUUCCAUUUCUUAUACACACCUGACUAAAAAUGAUGUGCAUGUUUUAGGGAUAAGUUACUUAACCGUCCCUUGGUCUAUUUAUGUAUAAGAAUGCUUUUGAAAGCACAUAUCUUGUUUUAAAUGAUGCACAUACUGAAGGCACUAAUAAAAUUUAAGAGUAAUACAGUAA